CGGGGCGGGGAAGGACCGUGCCCGGGUCUCCCCCGCUCGCCGCCAGCCGAGCCGGGGGGCCGCGGGUCUUUAACCGUGUGCGGGGCGGAUUCGCCACUUUUUCCGGGGGAGGCCCGCGGUUAAAAGUUUUUUUCCGGAGGUCACUAUCACAUGACAAAGGCUUUGAGACAGCUUCAUCUUCGUCUGUCUGUAAUUUCCAUUUGCCUUCCUGGGCAUCAACUAACUGCAUUUUACAAACAUUUCAGAACCAGUGUUACUACCCCUGUUUUGCAGAUUGCAGAGUAGACCCAGGGAUGUUCAGCCAAGGACUGAAGCUGGCUCUUAGAUACAUGUCUGCAGUUACAGUGAGACUGACUUAACGUCAUGGUGCUCCAGUGCAAGGAGAACCAAAUACCUCGUGAUGAGGAGAUGUCUGUAUUCCUUAUAUCCAGAGUGAGCGAACCAGAGCUGUAGGCAGAAUGGUAGACUGCUGCACCGAAAACAUUUCUGUGCCAGCUCUGUGACCGUGGAAGACGAAGGAGGUCACAGUAAUGAAAGGCAGUAGUAGGAAUAAGGAUCAUUCGACAGAAGGAGAAGGAACUGGGAAGCGACCAAAAAGAAAGUGUCUUCAGUGGCAUCCCCUGCUUGCCAAGAAACUCCUUGACUUCUCUGAAGAGGAAGAGGAAGAAGAGGAAGAGGAAGAUAUUGAUAAGGUGCCGCUCCUUGGUGCUGACGGCUUAGAGCAGGAUGCUGAUGAAACCGAAGAUGACGAGUCCUCCGAGCAGCGAGCUCGCCGACCAAUGAACGCAUUUCUCUUGUUCUGCAAACGCCAUCGCUCUCUCGUGCGAAAAGAACACCCUCGCCUUGAUAAUCGUGGCGCAACAAAGAUCUUGGCAGAUUGGUGGGCUGUUCUAGAUCCAAAAGAAAAGCAGAAAUACACUGACAUGGCCAAGGAGUACAAAGAUGCAUUUAUGAAGGCAAAUCCAGGGUACAAGUGGUGCCCCACAACAAACAAACCUGUGAAAACCCAGGCGCCCACUGUUACAAGCAGGAAAAAGCUGUGGGCCUUUGCCUCAGAAUCUGCGAAGGAUUUACCAAGCCCAAGGAAAGCAACAAAAAAUGAAGAAAUGCCACAGCUUAACUUCGGGAUGGCAGAUCCAACACAAAUGGGAGGCUUGAGUAUGCUGCUUCUAGCAGGGGAACAUGCCCUGACUGCACAAGAGGUUUCCUCGACUACUUGCCAAUCUGAUGCAACUAAUUCUACCGAAACCUGUCAGAAGUCAUCAUUGUUUCAGUUUGCUGAGAUCUCUUCAAGCACAUCACAGCCUGGCAUCCCGGGAGCUGUAAAACAGACAGAGGAGUCUGCGUUGUUUCAGUUUGCUGAGAUCUCAUCAAAUACUUCCCAGUUGUCAAGUCCUGAGCCAGUAAAGCACUGUGGGAAGUCAGCACUCUUCCAGUUGGCAGAGAUUUCUUCAAGUACAUCCCAUUCAGGUCCUUCUGAUUUAACAAAACAGUGUGGAACAUCAGCAUUAUUUCAGCUGGCAGAGAUGUGCCUUGCUUCAGAAGGAGUAAAAGUGAAAGAACCUGGGAAAACAAAAGUGGAAGCAGCGGAAGAUGUGGGAAGGGAAGUUCCAGAGGAAAUGGAAGUAGAAGAACUGGAGAAAACAACAAUAAAGGACUCCUGUAAAGGAAAAGUAGAACAAUCAGAGACAGAGAAAACACAAAACCGGGAUGAGACAAAAGCUGAGGAAUCAGAAACUGCAAAAUGCAGAGAUUUUACUAGUCUUGCAAUGGAGAGCAGUCCUUUUGAGAGAAGUGAUAACACAAAGGAUCACAUGUGCUGUUCUCCAGAGCUUUCAAUGGCCGACAUGAGUAUCCUUGGGCUAAAGCCAGAAAAGAUAAAGAAGAAAAAGAAAAAAAAUAAGUUGGACCGGCACACAAAUGAAAAAUCCACCCCCAAGAAACCUUGUAAAAAGAGGCAGUCCUCUGAGUCGGACAUUGAAAGUGUAAUGUAUACAAUUGAAGCUGUUGCAAAGGGGGACUGGGGUGCCGAGAGACUCGCAGAAACUCCCCGCAAAAAAGCCCGGCCUGUCUCAAAUGUGAAGGGAAGCGUGUUGGAUACAAAAUCACCAAAGAAAAAAGCGAAAUCGAAAGAGAAGAAAACAUCAAAGGAGAAACCCAUGGAGACCACCAAAGAAUCAAAGCCUCCUGAUUUCCUUAGUAUUGCAGCCAGCAAGGAAAUACCCUGUGAGGCUUCUGAUAACAUUAAAGUGGAACCACUGACCCCAACGGAGGAGGUGGUACCCCAAAGCUUACCAGGACAGGUCAAAACUGAGGACAGUGACUGUGUUAAAAAGAUAGAAACCUGUGGCUCCAGGAAAUCGGAGAGAUCUUGCAAAGGUGCUCUUUAUAAAACUCUGGUGUCAGAGGGCAUGCUCACAUCUCUGCGCGCUAAUGUGGACAGAGGAAAAAGAAGCUCAGGGAAAGGCAACUCCUCAGAUCAUGAAGGAUGCUGGAAUGAAGAAAACUGGGCUUUUUCCCAGAGUGGGACAAGUGGGAACAAAAAACUGAAAAAGCCUAAGCCAAAGGAGGAGUUUGUUUUCGGCUUAGCAAGGUUGGAAGAAGAAUUUGAAAAGAAAUUCAACAGCCUCCCUCAAUACAGUCCUAUUACCUUUGACAGGAAAAAUUCAGCUGUUCCAAGGAAAAAGAGAAAGGUUGGAAGCGGCUCAUCUGAACAACCAAAAUCCAACAAAGGUUCAUUCCAGUCUCAGAAAAAGAACUUAUUCCACAAAAUUGUCAGCAAAUCUAAGCACAGGAAGGAGAAGCUUAAUGUUCCGGACACAGCCAUACUCUCAGAAGACAGAAAUUCCAGUGAGUCUGCCUGGAAGAAUAAAAUUUCUAUAUCUGCCCUAAACACUCCAGAGCCAGCAAUGAUGCAUGAGCCUUUAGUUGGCAGCCAGAAGAGGAAAGCAAGGAAAACUAAGAUCACACAUCUUGUUCGAACAGCAGAUGGUCGAGUGUCACCAGCAGGAGGGACACUAGAGGAGAAGCCAAAAGAGCUGCCACAAAGUACUCUUCAAAAAACAUCAAGUGCAGAAACAGAUUGCAACAGUGAAUGCUCCAGAAAUGCAGAGACAGAAGAAAAUCAUAGUAUUGCAUCAGAUAUGCCAGCGGUGUCUGCAUUUUUUAGCUUAGCUGCUCUGGCAGAAGUAGCAGCCAUGGAAAACGUACACAGAAGUCAGAGGGCCACACCUCUCCCACAUGAUGGACAGCCAAAUGAAAUGUCUCAGGCUCCAGUGCUUAUUUCCUGCGCUGACCAGUGAAGCUCUACUUUAUUGUAAAACAUUGUGCUUUACCUAAUAUCCUAGCCUUGUCUUUACCAAGGGAAGCUAGUCAGUCCAUAUGAUGGAAACUAUAGACUGCAAGCAAGUGCUUAUUGCUCUGAGUGGCCCAGAAUUCACUGGAAGCCAGAUGUUAGCAACUUGGGCCAGGUCCUCAAAUCGGAACCCAGUAUGUAGGAGGGUGAUAUUAAUUGUCUAUUAAUGAACAGAAAUGGAAUGAUCCCAGAGCUUGCUUUCUAUUGAAGGCUUUUAAACAGUAAAAUAGGUGGUUGCUGUGAAAAAGGCUGCCUUUACUGUUAGCUCACACAGCAUCUCUUUUACCAACCAGAGAGUAUGGCAACUAGUUUCGUAUAAUACCUAGUUAUUCUAAAUGAAAAAGAAAAAAAAAAAAACCAACAACAAAAACACUGACGCACUGCACUAGUUAUUAUUAGAUAUUCUUAGUCAUUUUUGUACAUGAAGAUUUAAGUUCUAAGAUGGUUUAUAUUAAUAGGUUAUGCCUACGUUUAUAUUGUAGAAUGAAUUUAAAACCUGUUCCAGAGAACUCAAGGCAGCCUGGACAGAUGUACCAUUGUUAGCGGUGUUUGGGCAGCCAUGUGGUCCAGAUGUUCUGCACUUUUAUAUUUGCCACCGGAGUGGUAGAGUUUACUGGCAAAAAUUCUGACAGGCUAUGUUUGGGUUUGUUUCUUUUUAAUUUAGCUCUGAAUAACCAGGAUGAUGUGCAUUAGAAAAAGGAGUGGUGUAUGGAAAAGAAAGUACUGCAGAUAAUUGACUUGUCUUUCAUGCCUUGGAGGGUUCCUUUAUUUUUGCAUAGAUAUCUGAGCGACUUGGUGAAACUUUCCUGUAAACAAAAAGUACUGCAAAUGCGUUUUUCAAAAGUGACCUUAGUAUUAUUUCACUGUUCUGAAAAAACUAAACCCGUGACUUUUCGAUAUACAUGUACACCGAUACACAUACCUUUCACAUUUUACAGACACUGGCAUUGUUGUGGUUACUAUGCACAGUCCAAAUCGGCUUCAGAGUUUGCGUAAAGGGCCAUUUACAGUUUGUGUUGGUAAAGUGGCAAAUUGUAUACGGAUAAACUACAACCGAAGAGUAACAUUUGACUGAAUUCAGACUACCAAACAGAUCCAUCUGCCAGUUUCUGUCUUUGCUUAUGUUGAAUUUUUGUGUUUUGCUCUCAUAAAUACAUCCCAAAAGCAGGCCAAGUGUAUCACUUGGCCUGUUACUUUCGCUAUCUUGACUUACACUCUUGUAUAACAAAGCAUUGAUUCCUACCAACAGAUGCAAAACGAUCACUAGUAAUUGAUCUAAAGCUACAAAUUCAACAGGGUACUUCUUCUAUAGCACAAGAUGUUUCCCUACUUUUUGCAUUGUAGCACAACAAUUUACCAAAUUGGACUCCAGCAAUAAUUUUCUAUUAGUCUUCGUCAUACUGGCUGAACUUUUGAUAGUAUUAGAUUGAGUUUGAAGUUCUUUGAAUUAAGUCUUUAAAUGACGCGAGUUUACAUCAUUCUAUCAGGCAUUCUUAUUUAUACUUGACUGAAUUGAUAAAUGUGUUUUGGGGUUAUUUUGUAACUAAUUUGAUGUAAUAGCCAUAUGGACAGUAACUCUAUUAAUGCUUGCUAGGUUUAGCCUUUCAUUGCUGUAGCUAAGUGAAAGUCUUUGGUUCAGUGUUGGGAAACAAUAUACAACAUACCACACGAGUUGUAACAAAGGAUUAAAGGUCUGACAGAAGGCAGGUAGCUGGGGAAGUGUCACUGAAACAGCACCAUCGAGGAUGCAUGUGUUGGAAGAAGGGAACAACAACAAAAGAACAACAAAAUUUAUAGGCCGAUGAGUCAGUGAAAAGGCUUUUUAAAAAUUCAGGUGAAUAUAUGACUAAGAGCCCCUAGAAUGCCAUUGCCGCCUAUGGCAGUAUUUUUAAUAAGAUUUUAUUAAAGUUUUAUAAGUUAUUUUAACAAGACAGGAAAAACUUAAAAGACUGACAACUGUUGGGUCACAGCAAGGUAGCUGUUGGAGUUUUGGACCACUUUAUAAUUAGCUGAAAUCCAAAUAUGUUACAGUGCAGGCCGUUCACGUUGACAAUGGUACUAACUUAUUUCUCUAGAAACCUUUAGAGUAGAUAUAUUUUUGUCAAAUGCCAUCCUUCCUCGAUUUAAAUUUCAAUAUUGCUCCUGAAGAGAUUUCUGUAUAUUAAUGGUACCUUUUUUAAAAGAAACAGAAAAUUACUUUUUUCUAUAUGAAUUAAUAUCUUACUUGAUCUGCUUUUCCUUGACUUUCCCUUAGAGAAGGGGAUAGGGUUGGGUCAGUUUACUGGAUAUGACUGUUUUCAGAUACUUAUAAACCUUUUUGUAGAUAUGCUUAAUUUUUAAGCGAUUAGGCACUGAGAGUAGCAGAAAUCCUGCAAAGCUUUAUAGUUCACUAGGCAUUUGCCUUUGUUGGUUCUCUGAGUGAUGUCUUGAUUUCAGUAGCUAGAAUUUUCCCUGAAUCUACUAGAAGGGGUAUCAGUAUUUUCAGGUAACAAAGUCUGUUAGCACAACAAAAAUUUCAGACCAAUAUCUUACUGUAUUGGGGUUGGGUUUUUUCCUUGUUUGUUUUGUUUUAAUUUUUAUUAAUUUCAGCUGCUUUCAUUUUGGAAAAUCUUAUUGCUAUUGUGUGUACUUCAGUAUACCAGCAAACACUGUUACCCGUUAACACAUUGUCCACAAAUGCCUCUAGAGAAGAAAUUGUUGCACCUUAUGUAUAUCUCAAGCAAACCAAAAUAUGAUGCUUUUCUGCUUUGUUUAUUCUGAAUAUGUUGUAUCAUACUUUACUGAACCCAUUUUAACUUAGCUAAAGCUAUCGAUAUUUAUGCAUUUCACAUUAUUUCUGGAUCUGAACCUGUGUAUAAAUCUUUCUUUUAAAAAAAAAAAAAAGAAAAGCAUUUACCGUAGUUGUCCUCUGUGACUUAUCCAUGGGAGGGGGGAAUCUUGUCUCAAGUGUAAAAUGCAGUACGGUCCCAGUUUUCCUUGGUUUUUAUUUAUUUAGUGAUCUUUGAUAUUUCGUAUGUAGUUUUGAGGUAUACAAAAUACAUUGUCGUAGCCGGAGCUACAGAUCUAAGCAGCUGGGAGAAAAUUACUGUAAUGUCUUCUUAAUUGUUCUAGUACUGUAUACAAACAUGGGAAAAAUGUUCUGCAGAACAUUUUGAGAUGCAGAUUCUUAUCCCCACAGUAGGUUGUUUUCCAGAUGUUAGACCAAAUCCAUCAAAACUCGAUGAUCUUAAAGGUCUUUUCCACCUAAAUGAUUCUAUGAUUUUAAAAACAUCUAUGGAGAUUACUUAAUGCUCUGCUUAUGGCAGUAUCUACCCCUUGAAUGUGCUGUGAUUUCAGAAAUAGAAUAUAUUUAUUUAAGAUGACUGAAUGCUCUUUUAUACUAAUACAAUAUCCCAAAGUCAUGAGCAAGAGACUUCCUGGUAGUUUGGGUAUCUAUUUUAUAGCAUUGGUGCAUGACUUUUGAAAUUAAAGUGACAAGCGUUGUUGGAAAGGGGCACAGGAACAAGGAACUGGUAGAAGCGUGUGAACUUGUGGUGUUCAAAUUCCAGCGUUGGUCUUUAUUACUUGGGUGAAAGCUGCCUUUGUAGCAGAAGGCUGAAGAGCACCCUGGAGUUUGUAUCAAGUAGAAACCCAGGAGAGUUGUAACUCACAUCAGAACGAGGGAAUGCCUUACAGUUCGGAUGGUGUCUUUUGGAACAGGAUAUUAAAUUGAAGCAGUUUUAAUUUUCACUGCCUGUUUAGCUACUGUACGGGUACUAAACGGACUGCAGGCAACAGGUGUAGACACGGGACAGCUAAGAGAGGAUAAAAGUAAAGCUGGCCUUUGUUCUUAGUAUGGCAAAGUUAUGGCAACAAAGGGGAAUUAGGAAAAAAGAUAGAUGUAUAUAUAUGUGUGUGCGUGUGCGUGUGCGCCUGGGUGUGUACAUUCUAAAAAAAAAAAAAAAAGGUAGGAAAAACAAAAACAUGAUGGGUCUGCAAGAGACUGUAAUGUAUAUUGACCCUUUGAGUGCACUCCCUUUUUUUUGAAUGCUGAGUCUAAUAUGGCUACCUCUCCUAAAAGACUACUUUCGUUAACUUCCAUUUGCUUUCAGGCUUGAUCGUGUAAUCUUUUCAGCCAUUGAUACCAUUUGUAUAUCACUGUGUGCUUUACUUCGCAAAAGCAACAUUUAUAUAGCGCAGACAACGUAAAGGCUGAGUAUACAGUGGUAGCCAAACUAUGUUGCUGGAGCAUUUUGGAGCUAUCCACCACAGUCAUAGGGGUUGCAGGACGUGGGCCCGCUAGCUCUAGUCGGUUCAGUGAGAUCGGUUUUUGUAACAGCAGCAAAUGCAGGGCUCGGGGUGGUGGACGUCAGAUAUUGCCAGAGGUGAUGCAGUAAGCCAAGUAGCUGCUCGUGAAACUUAUUCUGGAGUUUACGUUUGCAAUUCUGAUUUCGCAAGGAAACAUAACUCUGCAACUUGUGUGUUGUGUACCAUAUGUUAUCCAUUAGAUGCCAUUUGUUUGCCGUGCUCAUUUGAUAGAUUGUAGAGCUCCUAGGUAUCUUUGCCAUGUUUUGUAAUACUUGUAGCAUUCUCCUUACCUUGCACGUGUUGUGGAACUGUCAACCGACAGCUGCCAGGAUGCUGAGGCACUUGAGGACACUGAGCGCCGUGAACGAGUGCAUUUAGUCUGUGAAAGAGUUACUUGCCCCCUCCCCUGAAUUCCCCAAUAAAAAGGCACAGUGAGGUUUAUGCUCUCACCUAAGUACUAUUAUAGUCAUUUAUAUACGCAGUAUUAUCUACUGAAUCGACAGCUUUGAAGAAGCUUAUGAAUGAGAUGGAUGUAUAUUUUGUUCCCCCACUAACUAUUCUUCUAAGGCAGAAAUCUAGGAAGACUUGACAUGAGAUCUCGACUCAGCAGCACACCUAAGCUUAUGCAGAAAACCAUCCUUCCUUACGGGGCAGCCUUGUUGUUUGCACUGUGACAGUGCAGGAGCCCCGAUUUCGGACCACUACACUCUCGGAGUUAAGCUUGGGCUUGCGUGAUGUUCCUGGGGGAAGGGCCAUCAUUGUGACCUAGGGCCUUCGUUGACAUGGAACUUUAAAAAUGACUGCAAAUAGCUUAACAUUUAUUUGAGUUCUUCCAGAGAAUUGUAUUGUAGUUUCUGGGUCUUAACUGUUACCAUAUACCAGCAGACCCACGCUGUACGCUACUGGAAAAAACCCACACCUGCACAGUCUAACUAACUAGACUUCCAAAUGUAAUGGUCUAAUAUACUCUUUUCACUCCUGCAACUAAAACCUUAUUUUCUCCCACUCCUGCUACGCUUCAGUCAGUGGCUGGGGCUUUGAAGGCGGCAAAAGCAAGAGAGGCACGUAUGUGCGUGUGUCUGCGUUGUGUGCGUGCCUAUGCAUACACGCACACACACACACGUGUGAGGGCAGUGACUUGCAAUAUGUUCCCUGUACAAAAAUGUUCCCAUGCUAGGUCAUAAAACAGCAUGAGGUUUCUCAGACGAUAGUUUUCCAACUUUCUUGCUAGAUUUCAGUCUCUUUCCUUCACAUUACACCAUAAGGUGUGACUUUCAAAAAUCACACCUGAAAAACCCCACAGUUACGGCUGACCUGGAUGCUACGAAAACCUCCUUUCUCAGCAGUGCUUGCUUUUAAUAACCAGAAUCUGUUGACAGUUUUAACACAGCUGAUUUUCUGUGGUCUUUCUUCCUAGGGCCCAAUCCUUCAACUUCUAUUCUCACACAUAAUUCCACUGAAUUUUGACCCAGUAUUCGGCUUUAUUCUCUACAAAGCUUGGUAUAAACAUGCCUUACAAUAGCCCAUCUCCAUCAGUGGGAUAACAGAGCUACUGCCUUCUUAGAUGUGUGGAGUUAAAAGACAAUAAGCACAUUUAUAGAAUGUCAUACUUUCUUCAAACACCUCUAAUUUGAUAUUUUUAAGUGCACAUGUGAAGUCAUGUGUAUAACAUGCUAAAGUACAUUAAACUGUGAUAAUGAAACUGAAUAAAUAUUUAAUAAAAUAUUUGAAAUAUUUGAAAAGGACCUUCAAAUAAAUUUCUUUAUGUUCAUUCUAUUUUGGUUAUCUAGUGUGUGCCUGUAAACAGUUUCCCAUUUAAACCUAAUGAUUGCAAAUAAAUACUAUUCAAACGGAGCUUCUUGAUACUUCACCUGCUUUACUAUCAAGUGAUUGUUUACUUUAACAUACGGCUGAGUUAGCUGUAUUUGCAGAAUUUGUUUUUAGCUACAGUAUGAAUUUCUUGGCUUUUUUAUACUUAAAAAGAAACAAGCUCCUUUUCCACCUGAAAACGGAAGAUGCCAAAAACCAGAGACGGAUCUUCAGAACUGUAAGCUGUAGUUUCCUGUCAGAUCAUCCAUUCAAGUUCCACACAAUGACUAUAAAGAUGUCGCAUAUUUUGCAAAGAACCUCUGCCCACUUGUUCUUGCUUACACGUGCCUGUAAGAGGAGCUUCCAUUUUGUUUUUAAAAACUUCGGAGCCUGGUUCAACACCGCUGACAUUGUUGGAAAGAUCCAUAGACCCGCUGGAAGUGCCCCGGAAUCCAGUGGGUUGAUAUUGGCGUAAAGCUGGAGACUGUGGGACAGAGAGCGCCAGGUCUCGGUGCAGUUGGGCUGUGGGAGAAAAGUUUGCCUUUUCUCCUGAGCUUUCCAGGUAUCCACUUUGUGCUUCUGGAUUUUGUCGUCUUUGCACAAUUGGGAAGCUCAUUUAUAGACCACACAAGUAUAAGAGAAGUCAUCACACAUGGAGAAGCCCUUGCUAUGUUUUUUGUCUUUGGACUCUAAGAGAACUUAGAAAUGGAUUCUCUUUUAGUAGUGAGUACCAAGCGUCAUCGAUGUUUAAACUUAAAGGUCCACACUACUUUGGAAACUUACUUAAACCAGGACUGUGUUCUGCCUGUAUAUUUUGCCUUCUUGAGGCCUGAAAAUCAGACUGCUGGGAUCUUGUCUUUUCUUGUCCUUCGAUGCCUGAAGCCUCCUCGAUUGCAACAUAUUUUUCUGAUCGCAGAAGACUCAAGUACAGACUUAAUGAAGCCAGUAGACACCAGCUGUUCACAUGGGAGCAGAACUCCUGUCUCUGAGUCAAAUAGCAGAAGGGAAGCCUUUAGGUUUAUUUGUUUCUUUAAACUACAUGCUAUUUACUCAGGGAAGAAGAAGCGUACAUAAUCUUGCACUGCCUUUACUGGGUAUGCAUCAGUAUGUCUGCAAAGACACCAGGAAUGGAAGAGCGUCAGCAUUAAAGGACCUGUAAAGGUCAUAUUUGGGGAAGGGGGAGAAAAGCUCUGAUUCAGUGAGCAAAAAAUGCUGGAAGAAACCUUCUUACGAAGUAUAUAUUCUUUCAGUAUAGUAUGCCCUGUCAGGGACAUAGAAGUCACUAUUCUGGUUUUUUUAUUACCAAAUUACCUUAAAGAAGUCAUCUUCAUUCCUCGAACUCCCAUCUUUUUUCAUCUCUCAUUUUGUUCUUCCAGCAAAACACCUGCUGAAUUCAGCUAACUCUCGGUGCAUCUAGUUUGUUAGCCAGCUCUCACGUCCUUUCUUGCAGCUGUAUGGCAUUACACUGACACUCUUAACCGUCAGGUAAGAUAAAUUGCCACUAACACUUCUGGAAAAACAUGGGGCAGAAAGGCAUCCUCCUAAAGUGCCGCGCUUCUGCCAGGCGCUUCAUCAUUCUCCCCUUGAUACCAUUUGUUGGGUUCUUUCGGUUGUUCAUCCCGGGGUUUUUUAAUGUGCAGCUAAUCCUGCUUUCAAACACUUUUUUUUUUCCCUACAGUGUGACAACAUUAAAUGAGACACAAAGUAUCCUUGAGCAUACCAUAACCAUGCUAUAGCUUGUAAAGCUGUCGAUUCUUCAGUAGGACGCUAGCACUUUGUAACAAAAUAUGAGAUGCGUUCCUAUAUCUGCUGCAAAGUUCUAUUUUGUUUUGUUUUCAGAAAUAAAACCUGUAAGAUGUAACGCCUACCAUCUAUUCAGUGUCAGCUUCUUUUUGUGGACAGUCCUUGGCACAGAAACAGUAAGAAAUUGAGCUCUAAUAUAGUUGUAUUUAAAAUGUACUUCAGAUUUCAGCUAGGCUUCAUUACUCUCUGAUAGGAGAAGAUAAUAUUAGAUCUUCAGCAGAAGUAAGCUAGCACAAGAUGUAGCUGUCUCAACGCCAGCUGAAACUCCACUUGAAAAAAAACAGCCUAUAUCAAGGGAUGCAAAAGGUUUAUUCCACGUAGAGAAGCGCUUCGACCCAUUUGUCAGCCCAUGAAACAACAGGAACUAGUUGAAAUAGACUCAAAAAUCAAACCCGUUGAGUUAGAGUGACAGGCUUAGCACCAAAGUGUAAUUUUCUGAAUGCAAACACCUAAUACUUUUAAUCUACUCUUGUAGCAUUUUGUUGAUUACUUUUCUCACCGUAGUAUUUGGAUAUGGAGAAGUAACAUCGAGAGCGUCGGGUGCAUUUAUUACGGUUUGCGCGCUUAAGGCCGUUGUUGCCAUCAAACGGCAUCCAGUUUAAGAAAAGAAAGGGGGCGGGAAGAAAAAAAUUGAGCUCUCAGGCGAUGUCCUUCUGAUCCAAAAGAAGUACUUGCAGUACAUCUUAAAGUUAGGUAUGUGGCGCACCGAAGGCUUCCGGGUCAUGGCAGACCAUCAGGCUCCAGUCAGAUCAAUCUGAGCAUCAAUUACCCGCCUUCCAAGGUCCGGGUGGGUUCCCUUAAUACCCGGGCAACACCUAGAGUUAUGAUUUCAUUUCAGGCUUUCCUAGUAUGAAAAAUCUUGAUUCCUGGAUGUUUUCAUGAGUGAGAUUCUUAAAAUGAUCCUGCUGCUGGAGGUCUUAAAACUCAGCAGCACGUUGCCAAAAGUGUCAAGGUCUAGUAUCUCAGAUACAAGCCUCAGAAAGUUUUACUGUGAUGGGAUUUCUGUUCUAAUUGGGGCCCUCUAAAUGCUGCUGUCUUAUAUCUGUGGAUUGUUUAAAAAUCUUACCAUCUUUCAGGAGUUAAGGAGAAUUUGGAAGUCAGGUAAUACCAAUCUGUCAGUAGUUUAAGGCUUUUGGUGUCGGUGUUCAGUAAUGCUGGCUGAGAUGUUCCGUCUGGUUUGGUCCUCGCAGGCUUGGUCAAACACCUGUUCUUGCCCAUGGGUGAACCUUACUCGGACUCCCAGCUGUGGGGUUUGUCAUGAAGCAGGGCUCCGGCAGAGGGAGGCUCUUUCCCCACAAGCCUCCCAGCCUCUCCCCUUUAGGAUAGCAAAGCGUUUCUAUGCCACAACUUCAUCUAUGCAGCUGGGAUCUCUUUUUGCCCACAAAAUAAAGCAAACCCAGCUGGGAACUCAACAGUCAAGUCAGACCUUCAUGAACUUCCAGGUUUCAGUAGGCGGUAGUUUGAGAGUGAGGGGUGCAAUGUGUCUUCAGUUAGAGCAGCUAUGUAAAUUGUGUGCAGAGAUUGACAGGUUAUGGCAACAAAGCCUUGUUUCCUUUUGUUUUGGAGAGCAGUGUUUUCUGAUGGAAGUAAGGUGGCAGAAAAAUUACCAUCGCAGCAGAUGGACUUAUUUCCAUUAACCUCCAAGAGGUGGUUCUAAUUUCAAAAGCAGUCUGUCUAAAAAAAAAAAAAAAAGAGAGAGAAAUUGCGAUUCUAGUCUGUGGCUUGGAAUGGAUGCCAUGUUUUACUUCCGUGACUGUAGCGAUAGUUUUUCAGACAGAAGUAAUAUGUGAGCUGCUUGAGGUGUGAUGCAGUUCUAAAUCAUCCCACUCGCUUCUAGAUGACAGAUGUAUUUGGCACAUGGCGUAAGCGUUGCUAGGUCCUUCCCUGUAUGUACGCCAUAAAUAAUACUGGGUGUUCAUUGUCAUUUCAGUCAGUGCUUAAGGAGAUUCUUCCUGCUGUGUGUCAGGAAAAUAUAUUGUGCUCGGCUGGCACAGGGCAUAGUUUUACCCUGGAAAGUAAUGGUUGGAGGCAUUUGCUAUGCGACUGUUUAAUCUUGGUACGUAUUUUUUUUCCAAAACAUCUUUACUAGUAACUGUCUUUAGUAUACUGUGUUUAGGAUAUAGUUAAUUCGGCUCUGGGAUCUUUUAAAGUGAAGAUUACUUAAUUCUCAUGCAGAAAUCCACACCAGCAGAGGAAUCUCUUAGAAAAGAAGGCUUGCUAAAGGGUGCCAUAUGCACAUGCUGGAUCUCACAAGGCAUGUGACAUACAAGAUGUACGAUUGCAGACCUAGGAGCCAGGCUGUUGGCAGGUAUCAGCACAGGUUACGGUGUAAUUGUGCUGGCUUACAUGAGGGGAAGACAAAAGAGCCUGUGGUUUAAAUGUCAGGACAGCUGUAUUCGUUGUUGUCAGCACCGUGUGCUCUUGCCAGAGGGAGUUUGGGGGUUGCUGCGGUGGGAGGCUCCAUUGCAGUGCUGCUUGUCCUGAGUAUUUGCUGUUCAUUGGUUCUCUGAAACUCGGCAUUUUUAACUUAAAACGGGAUAUCGAGGUGGUCACAGGUUCCUAGAGCAGUCACGGCUGGAGUAUAGUGAUACUUGAUACAAUAGUGUUGUCCACAGACAGGUGCAGCAGCCCCACUGUAGAUUUAAGGCAGUAAAGUGGUAACCAGCGGUUCUUGAGGUCCUCCCGGGUUGCCUCCUCAGGGUGGCCGAGUGCAGUCACUGCCUGCACUAGAGGACAGGGUGUGGGUUUUAUGGUGGCAGCGCUGGCAAGUCACUUGGACGGGCUCUGUUGCACGCGGUGCUGCAGGAGCGCACAGGGGAAAGGCCGCCAGUCCUUAGGUCACUGACUGCUUUGCUUGGGCCAGGAUCUGGGAACAGCAGAAAUAGAGGGUGCUCAGAAAAAGUCCUUAUAAAAGUGAAGCUGAAUUUUAGUCAGUCACGUCCACACACACAGAGCAACAGGAUCCAUUCAGUCUUUUGUGGCUUUUAUAUAAAAACUGCCUGGAAUACACAAUGUUUGCUGCCAUGAGCUCUGACAGCUGCACUGCUCGUGCAGUGUGCACGGUGCACUUGGUUUCUUAAAAACGAGUGAGGGGAAAGUAUAUAUAUGUUUUACAGAUUUCUGUAUCUACCAGACGGCAAAACGUACCUGACAUACCUUGGUCAUCAGGUGGUUAGAAGAACAAUAAUCUCCAGAUUAUCUGUAGGGCUCCUUAUUUUAGCGUUUUCAAACAGCACAUAUGCAGGUGAAUUUUUGAAAUAACUAAUUUGUGAGAGUUUUACUCAUCAUACAUGUUUCAUGUGUGAGAACCAUGAAAGCACUGUACUACGUAAGAGUCAAUAUAAAAGUGUUAAUCUGCAACUAGUUUAAAAAACCUAGACAAAAAAUAUGUGUGUGCUGUUCCACCUUGGCAAAGUGAUUGUAUAAUUGACAGCCAAGGGUUGCCAUCAGGGAUUUAAAAGUAUCAUCUUUAAUAAUGAGAUAAAAAUGUAUUCUUAAAUAAAAAUUUCUGGGCUUUUAGACCAUUCAGAAAAUACUCCAAGCGCUUUGCAAGAUGAGUAACUUUUUCCUACUUUUGAUUACUAAAACCACAAAUACAGUUAGUUUAGCAAUCCUCAAAUAAACAGAAAAUGGCAGGUGUCAUUUUUUAGAUGCCAUGCGUUGCCUCAGACCUAGGUGGGAGCCCCCUCCCCGUCACACUGUGCAGUGCGUGCAGGAGGCCGUGGUGGCAUGUCUGGAAUGUGCAGCUGCCUUUGGCAUCAAACCACUGUCCCGUAGAUCUCAGCCAUUGGAAAUCCAUUGCCGUCACGAUAGAAGGAGCAUGAACAGCAUAAAAGCUGUUUGAAAAUGAGAACUGGUUGGGUUCUGUCACUUUUGUCAAAUCUAUUGUCCAACUGAAAAUGCUUUUUCUUUGAUAGAGACUCAUCUCUUUGCUGUAUGGUUUUGUUUGUGUUUCUGGAAGUUGGAAAUGUCAAGCUUCACGUACAAAUUUCUCACCUUCCUUUUCAGUCGUCUUCCCUUUCCUCUCCUCCCUUUUCUCAAGCAGCUAAAAACUUGAUGGACCUCAGUAGCAAAGCAUCCCGCUGAUUUUCAGUAGGAUGGGCAGUGUCCUACACCUUCCCGAGCUACUGCACAACUCUCAAAAACCCAGUUUUUUUUAAUUAGAGGUAUUUUAACAACAAUUUUCCCCAACUGUGGUUGAACAUCAAAUGCAGGUUCUGCAAAAAGAUAGGCGCAAGGAGGUGGGAUGCUCGACCAAAGUGGGUACAGCAGCAAAGCUGGGCUUCCCAGGCCCUUCUUGCACCCUCGCUUUCUGUAGAAAAGCCCAAGCAGCGCCAGCGCUGGGAUCCCGGCAGGCUUUUGAAAUAGGAUAAGUUAUUUCCUUCUCCAAACUGUUUAUUGUUGAGAAUACUUGCAGUUUAUGAGCAUUUGGCCUGGUUCAUUUUUUAGUGCAUGGCUGGUUACAGCAACUAAAGUACCUUGAAGUCACAGGCGUUUUUUAAAAAACAAACCAAAACCCACUCCAGCACUGCGUAUUAGACCUACGGCGUUUGUGUUAACUCAUACUAAGCCAUAACUUGCAAAGUAAGGCUCUUGCCACAUUUCUAAAUUUCUUUCUUAGAGGGGAAAAAAAAUGUCCUCAGACAAUUAAAUUUUCCUUCUUUGUAAUUACUGAAGGAACCUUCAGAUCAAAGAAUCGUAAUACCAGCUUUUCCUGUUACCUUACCCACGUAGCCUCACCUAAGCCAAGAGGUACGCGUGGGGGAAGCCUAUGGGAUCAGGACCACGUUUACGUGAAGCAUCAUUGCUUUCCCUCCAGAGCAGGCACCCUGGCCUUUGGGAAGUGUGGCGCAGCAGCCCCGCUGCAUCCGAACGGAUCGGGUGGGGAUGCCAGCUGAAGGGUGCAGACAGAGCCCCUCAGCGCCCGCUGCAGAAAGCUGCAGUAAGAGUUGCACCUGCAGGAUUCGUGUAUCGAAGUAAGGGCUGUUGCUCUGCGUGUCUUGUCAGUCGGUAAAAUGUUGCUUUUAACUUCUGUAUCUUUCACCUACUUCUGUGCGAAAGCUGUCCUAAGCACUUUGCGUGACACAGCUUGUGUCGGGUGAGCAGUUCUCGGUGGUUUUGAGUUGUUGCGGUCAAAGAUUUCAUGCUGGCUGUAGCAGCACUGCCGUUGUAAUCUCCAGCGGUCUCCUUGAAAUACUGUGGUGGUGGUGGUUGUCUCAGGGCCUUUGUGCAUGGAGUUGCUGCUGAUGCAAAGACAUUUUUAUCCUCCUAUUAUUGUUACUGGGCAUUAUUUUAUCAACAUGAAAUGGGAAGGGUGCCACAGACUUACAUAAUUAAAUAUGUCACCAGAUGGUGUCUCUUAACCCACGUGAAAUUUCUAAAUUGGGGGGGAAAAAAAAUUCAGGGUGCAGACAAGCCUGUAGGAAAGUCCAUCAUCAUAUUCUGCAUUUUCUGCUUGUGUGUCUCUGGCGAAGGCAGGUUAGCAACCUGCUAAAAUAACAGUUCACUGCAGAAACGGUAAACAGAUGGAUCCACUCGGCCAUCCGUAUCUGAGUGUGGCAGACUGGUGCUGCUGCUGCUGUUUAUUUGCUUCCUUUCAUUCCUUGUAAGUUGAUGGCUAUUAAUGUUGUCGUAUUAGUUGCGCACCAUAAGCCAGCUGAUGGGAGCUCAGUGUGUGAGGUCAGUUUCUGGGCAUCCGUGUUAUGUUAAAUGCAAUGUCGCAGGUCAUCUUCGCAGUAGUGUUGGUAUUUCCUAAUGAUGUUUCAUCUCGCUGUUUGUGCGUGCCUGUUAAAUGUCCCAAGCUUCUAGCUUGGCUUCUUUUCUUUUCUUUUUCCUUUGAAUGCCCAGCCCGUGCAAGCUGUCAGCAAGAACCAGCAGAAGAUAUUUAAAAUAUUCAGUGAUUCUUAUCAGUGUGGGGUUUUCUUGCUUGUUAUCAACUUGCCAACAGUUCAGUCAACAUUUUUCAAGACGACAAAAGGCUGAGCGAAAGCUUUCCGUAGCAGCUUUUGAAAUUUUAGGGUGAACGUUUCCCUGUGUUCUUCUUGGUUUGCUGUUCCCCAGCGUUUUUUCCGGGGGGGACUCUAAAAGUAGACAGGCUUUUGAUGGUUUGUGAGGAAGUUGUAAGCUGACUUUUAACAGGAUGUCUGAAGAGCUGAACAGCAAGCCCAGCAGAAAACCCAGCAGCCAGUCACGGUACUAAAUACAUCCCACGUCAUGACAGGAUGAGAAUUUGACCGCGUUUACUUGGCACAGAGUCACAGGGCCAAAAGGGACAUGGAGAUGUCAGCUAGAGAGCUUCUCUGCCCUAAGGCAGGUUAAGCUGUACUUAUCACAUACCUGAUGGGCCGGUGUUGAACCUGCCCUUAAAAGCCUUUAAUAGUGUAGACUCAACCAUUUCUCCAUGCCGGUUUUUUCCAGUGCUUGACAGUCUUUACAUUUUGAGGGUGGUUUAUUCCCCCAGUGCCUAAGUACAAAAUUUUAGGGUGUAGGAGAGAAAGAGGGUGUCCUCAAAAGAUAUUAGAUACAGAAGCAUUUUAGCUGUUUUUAUAAAUGCAACUUCAGAGAUAAUGAUCAGAUAAAAUCUGAGAUGAGUUUUUCAGGGAGCACUAGCCCAACCUCAUUGCUAGCCACAGGACUUCUCUAUGCCUUGGAAAAUCUCUUCCUUCAAAUGAUGUGUCAGGUUCACGGUUAAUAGCCAUACCAGAGAGGUUCAGAAAGACCUUUCUUCUCAUGCUGUGCUUUCUAUCUAGCAGUUGCCUUUAAUUUUUUUUACAGAGUUCUGACAGUAAAAAAACAAAAAACAAAAAUAAAACCCCAAACCAAAAAAAAAAAAACCCAACCCAAAAAGCAUCCCAGCUUUUUCCUCAGUAUCCUUUCCAGACACUAUGAGUCCAUCAUUAAAGCCAUAUUGCAAGGAGGAAACCAAAGGAGAACAGCACCCAUUUCAUUAGGCAGCGCUUGUGCCAGCCAUGCCGAGAGGCUGGUGAGCCAAGGGGCUCUGGAGCCUGCCCUUGCUCUUUGGCCGUCCUCUCUCACCUGCCUCCAGCCUUGGAAACGGGCAUUUUCCUGGUUGUCCUCUGGUGGGAUGCUGCUGGCAAGGCAUCGCCCUGCGCUCGCAGCAAGGUCCCUGCCUGGCAUCUGAUCCAGCCUCUCCCCAGGAGACGUGGGAAAAGCUGCCCGUGAUGGUGUCGGCAGUGCAGGGACAUGGGCAUCCAUGGGUCUCCGCUUUGGGACAGGGACCCAUGGCUGUACCUGCGAUGCUCUCUCCAACUCCAAAACCAGGACUAGUGGAAUAAUGUGAAACCGUUAGGAGACUCAUGGAGCAAGUCCAGUGUGUUAGCAGGAGCGGUGCGCUCCCUUGCUGAUGGCGCGCUGAUUUACCCAGGGAGAUGCCAUGGUUUGCCAAGGAGUUGCAUGGGGACAGACCAUGCUUUUCUCCGUGCAGAAUGCCCAAUACCAGGAACGGGUUUCCAGUGGGGAAGCAAAGGGGAGAGCACAUCCCUCAAACAACGGAGGCAAUUGCCUUCUUUUUGUGCCCGUGCCAGGCUGUCAGGAGGCUCCUGCCUGCACUCCCAGUUGCUGUGCCGGGCACCAGGGCAGGGUUUUGCCGCGCUCAGCAGAAGUUUUAGGCUUACGGGAACAGGUUGGCAAAACUCUCCCACGCUAAUGGUCCAGGCACCGGGAGAAGGUAGCCCCAGCCAUGCUGGCAUGCUGCUGGGACGUGGCCCCAGAUCCCACCAGGGCUGCUCUUCUACAGGGCACUGCACAGUUUGGAGGCAGGGGUAAGCAGCGGCAAAGUUCCCUGCCUCCAGCAGCCAGCGAUGUCAGCGCCUUCCACAACGCAUGGCAGCCCCUCACCAGCCCCACACUACCACAGCAGGGGCUGGCGGCACUGCCGAGGGUUGUACAGGGUGCUGGGGUGCCGCUGAGCACUGGCCGGCCGUGUCCUUGACUUUGCGGCCCCAACAAGAAGCAGCAGCGAGCUGCAGCAGAGGUGGGCCUGCAGGUGCUGCCAGAGGCAUGCGGGGCCCAUCAGUUGCCAUCAUGGUCCCAAGGCCCCCUUUAAGCCACUCCUUGUGUGGUACGGACCCAGUACUGACACCCAGGGACGUGCAACAAAGAAAAGCAGGGAAUCGGUGCUGUAUCAAAGAGCUAAAAUAAGUAAAACCAUAGGCAGGACACAAAGCAGAGGCCCUAGUAACAUUGGCCUCCUACAGGUGCUUGCUCCAGGUGGUGCCUGGCCCAGUUACAGGCAUGGGUCUGGUAAGGAGCAUAGAUGGGUGAGGGACCCAAGUGUAUUUAGUUCCAGUAAGAGCCUUUGAUGAAACCCAGUGCAACUGCGUACCGACCAAAAGCUGGGUUUUUAAGGGCAGUAUCUCCACAGACAGCCUGCUGCAGUAGUUCACAAUCUCAGAGUGUUGAGGGAAAAAGCAUUUAAUGGCUAAAAAGGAAACGGGAGUUCAGAAAAUGCUGUUUCCUCAACAAGCUUGUGAGUGGGAGAAAUGGCACUUUUAAAAAGGGGAAACAAGGUGUGUGAAAGGGAUGAACUGAUUUUCCCCAAGCCCAGUACUCACCCUGGCAAGGGUGGCCUAGCGCUAGGAAUUUUUGGCUCCUGGUUUCACAUAUGAACUAUGAAAUAUGGUGGAUGCCUAUCAAACUGCACUUCACCUGCCAAUAUGUUCAGCAGUUCCCAGCUUUCACAACCGAUACAAUCUUCAGCAAUGCCUGGAGAAGGAAGAGUGUUUUCCUCCAUGUUUCACAGUUUCUUUCUGGCUCCAGUAAACUCUUAAUCCCUUGUGCUCCCCCUGAUUUCCUCACUUUUGCUUAGCCCUAGCAACCCUACCCAGGAUAAGCAAAAAUAGGUUGCAGUAGAAUCAAAAGCAACAAAACAGGCAGCACUUUGCAGCGGAUCAACUGGAGCAUGACUUCCAAAUUACACCCUUUUCCUCAGUAGUCAAAAAACCACAAGAGCAGCCAGCAAAGGUAACUCUUUAGUUGAUUUUAUAUCCACUGUAAGUGCUUCUUUCUUCAAAUUUGCCUUUUUUUUCCUUCCCAGCAUAGCGGAGUGCUUCUCAUAUUUUCCCUACCGUUGAGUAUCAGCAUGUGCAUUGAGUCCUGUAGAGCUGAACAGGAAUUACUAACAGAACUGAAAAAACACUAGUUCUGUAACCCUUGCAGGCACAAAAUUCUUACCAAAAAAAUGAGCAUUUCCCUUCUGCUGUGCUCGCGCGUCCAUCUGCGUAACACCAAGGGUAAAAGAAGGUCCAGAUACCUAAAUAAGAUGAAGUGAUGGUGCAGGAACUGAGGUGACUUGAGUUUCAAACAGCAUCUGUACACUGUGGCUUUCACAAAUUAGGCAGAAGAAUUUAUGUCGUUCGGGUCAGCUUCUAGCUUUUGCGUGUGCCUCUCUUCUUAUGGUACUUACCUGCCCGCUCCAGAUGGGUACCUCGAUGACAUAGAGAAGGGUACCUGCUGCUUGGAUAGUUACGAUCGCUUCUGAGGUCACUAUGAAAUAUCAAUCCGGCAUUUUCUAGCUUUGCUGUUUUGUAGGCAAAGGUGCAGAGGGUAAUGCUGAAUUCAGCAAGGAUGUGUCUGCCUGGAAAAGUGCUGGUGGCAGGUAUGCUUUUAAAUAGAGUCCGUCCUUCAUUCUGUAAUACUGCAAAUACAUCCUGUUCCAUCAGGGUGUCCCUCUUUAAAAAUACCUGGGUUUAAUCUCCCCUAUCAAAAUGCCAGGUUUGUUAUGGGAAACAGUUUAUUUAUUGCCACAUAUUUCUUGAUAGACGUUUUCUGCUAUACUCAAAAGACAGCUUCUGUUGAGGGUGCGUUGUACACUUUUGGUCAGAUGUUGGUGCUUGUGCUGGAGGUUGUUUCUGCCCGGUGGCCUGUGCCAAGCCGGGGGUGCUCUCUCACGCUGGUGGGGCCAUGUCGAGCCACAUGGGAUGGAUCCUGGCUUUGCAGGUCACAAGGAAGCGUUGCAGGCUGGGGGAGAUACCCGGGCACGUGUGAAAACAGCGCCAAAGCCAGAAGACAUCCCUCCCACCACCCCCUACCAUCUCUCUCCACCAGGUUUUCUGCCUGAGUGGGAGACGCCCGUGCUUGCGCUGCGGUGCUUUGGGUCUGUCCUGGGUCUGAGCCACUUAUGUCAUGUAAACCCAGCUCCUCACCACCGGGGUGGUACCCAGAGUAGAGCAACCACCUGUCAGGCUGUCAUCACUGACUUGGGAAGAGGCUUCUCGAAACCCUUAUGGCCUUGACGUGUUAAGUGACGUCUGCGUCACGAACAAAGUGACGUGGCACUUCAGGAUCAGCAACACCUGGGGAGGGUUGGGCUGAGAGCAAAAUAACAUCGCUUAUGAAAAGGGCCUUGUUCCUUGAUCCCUGCUUUUAAUAGAAAGUCCCAUCAGAAGAAUUGCUGCCCACCUGCAUGUGCAGCUCCCGCUUCGCCUUUGCGAGUGGGCCCCAAGAUGCAAACAGGGAGCAGGCUGGAAACAGGUGGCACAAAAGGCACCCUUGGUCUUGCCAGGUCCUAACGGUGUCCCCAUUAAACGUCUCCCCCUUCCCCACCGUGGCUUGGUGGCUUGGGCUGGGCUCUUGGGCAGCAGCAAUGGGCAGCACUCUGCUGCCUGCCUGCUGCCUGCUGCAGGGAGCGCGAGGCUGAAAUAGAUAUCUGGCCCAAAACGUGUUAAAAGCAUUUCCUCCAGCAGUCGGUUUUAAUUUUAAUAAGUCAUAUUUAGUAGCCCUCGGGACACUGGCUGUGAGAGGGGGAAGGGUUAUGCCCUAAAAAUUAAUGGAUGGAUGGCUGCUGCGUGAGGGACUGCUGAGAGCUUGGUGUGGGGUGAGAGGCAUCACAUCUUCCUUAGAGAGAGGAGCCCUUGUGCUGCGGUUUGAACAACAUGGUGGGAUUGGCAGGGGAAGCACCUUGACUGAGAAAUAUUCUUUUAGAUUAAACAACAAAACUUUGCAUGCACAUACAGACUAGAUCUUCAUAACGCGUCUGGGCUUUGACAGUGUACUGCAGCAUUAUUGCUAUUUAUAAUCAACAAUUACUAACACUAUAAUCCAGUAAACUUAGUGGUAGCAAUUACAGCUACAUAAAUAGCAAUCCAGAUGACUAAAGGCAUUGCUGUCAGUGUGGGUGGCAGCUAUAGCAUUAGGAAAAAAUUUGGAGGGAAGAUAUCAGAAGUUGAUAUGCGAGCUUGGGUCUGCUAGUCUUUUAUAUACCAUUUUUAAUAUACUUCCUGAAACGAAGCUUCAGAAAGGUACACUGCCUCUUUAAAAUUAGUCUAGGAACUACAGGUAGUUCACAUUAUUUUUAAAAUAAUAAAUCUCUAUAUAUAUCUAUAUUGAAAUAUAUAUGUAUACAUAAGUUGCCUAGCCUACCUUGUGGAAAGGCUGCAGCUAAACUAAGUCUGAGCUAAUAUUGUAUUACCAUGGUCUUCUGGUUUGUAGAUAGCCCUUCCUUAUUAGAUGAGGUUCUGUUCUUGCUCCACAGAAGGUGCCUGUGUAUAUAACUCCUUUGUAUUGCUUUCUGCAGAGUCCCUUAUAUAUUUCUUACUACUAAUGCUGUGUAGAAAAGGAAAUCCAGAGAUUUUACUACUGAUAAUUAACCAUAUAAUGGCCAUUAGCAAAAUAAAGAUUUAGUUGUUUGGGAAACAGAUUAUU